AUGGGUGAAAUUCACUCCAGCGACCGCCAGCUUUUGCUCCCUCCGGGUACGCAGGAAGCCCCCAGGCCGCAGUCCCUGUCCCGCUACCCCCGGCUCACCCUCGCUCUUCCUCCCGACCGGGGGCAGGGCCGGUCCGGCGGCACGGAGGGGGAUGUACAGAGCGGGGCCGGGCCGGAGGGCAGGGUUUAUACGUACCGCGAGAGCCGGCACCGCCGUCCCUCUGCCUCACGCACUUCAAGGAGCGCGUCGGCUGUGGGUAGGCUGGCAUGGGUCACCGACUCUCCCGAGCUUCCUUGGGUUCCGCUGCCAGCCGCACCUACCCCAGCGGGUGUCCGCCGCGGCGCCGCCCGUUGCUGCCCGUCCUGCUUGGGUGAGCCGCUCCGCGCUCUGCCGCGGAAGAGAACGGGGCUGCGGCGGCCCCAUCGCGGAGGUAAGGGCGAAGGGGGCGGCAGCGGCAGCUGCGGGAUGGCCCCGGGGACGGGGCAGGCAGCGGCAGAAGCAGGCUCCCGGGUUUGCUGUGCUGUCUCGGCCGAGCGAGAAGCCCCUGCACCCUAUGUCCGUUUGGGCGGUCUGGGAGUGUCGGAUGUUGACCUGAAAGCAUAUCAAAAAGCUUUGGAUAACUACUUUCCACACCAAGGAGGUGAUCAGCUGAAACUGCAAGACACAAAUCAGAGUAACCACAACCAUGUAGAUUCCCUUCUCUCCUUAGAGGGCUGUUUACACCUUCUGUCAUCGCAGAUGGAAAACAUGCUAGAGGUGAAUUUACUGGAGGAUACAGAAGUAGCUACUUCUGGUAGGGGUCAAGAACCAUCAUCCUCACACUACAGUGUAAGUUUGACCCAGAUGCUUUGCCACUGUUUCAGUCCUCAUGAGGCCCCACUACUGAAAACAGACCACCCCACGGAAUCACAUUCAGAAACAAGGCAUUCACAAAAGCAAGACUGUUUUCCUCAGUCAGACUCUAGUGUCACAACUCCAGAAUCACUGCUUUGUGGGUCACACUUGACAGGGCUGUUUCCAGCUGCUGACAUUGGAAACCUAACUGCCCAUGAUAAUAGUUUGGAUGAAAUUAAAUUAAUGUCUUUGGAGGAUGGCUGUGAUCCUAUAGAAGUUUCUCAGCUUUUUGAAGAAUCUAGCCUAGAUUUGGCACUGGUUUUGAAUUCAGGUCACAGCACUGCCUCUUACUCAGUCAGCAGUGAAGGUGCUGCUAUUGGGUACAACAGUGAUGCUAAUUCUGCUUCUUCACAUGGGUUAGAAGCCAUUGGUGGCCAUAGCCAAGAACACACUAAAUAUGACCAUGUGGAAUAUCCAGGUGACUCAGAGUGUUCUAAAAAAGCCACACUCAAGCAGUUUCUUCAUAAACACACUUAUCAUCAGCUGCCAAGUCAAGCAGCAUCCACUCCAGUUCUCCAUCAACAGAUGUGGAUGAAGCCAUCAAAGGAAGUAAAGGAGAGGUGCUGUAACACAACUGAUAAAAAGCUCAGCAGUGAUGCACACCACGCAAACUCUCUGACAAUACCCUUUUCAGUUGAUGAAAUUGUGAGCAUGCCUGUUGACUCUUUCAACACCAUGCUAGCAAAGAACCAGCUGCCACAUACUCAGGUAUCGCUUCUGCGCGACAUCAGACGACGAGGAAAAAACAAAGUCGCUGCCCAAAACUGUCGCAAACGCAAACUGAAGGCAAUUCUGAACUUGGAAGAAGCAGUGUGUAACCUUCAAACACAAAAGGAGAGCCUUAAAAGGGAGCACUCCCAGUGUAGCAGAUCCAUCAGCCGGCUGAAGCAAAAGUUGAAAGGCUUGCACCGUGACAUUUUCAGUCACCUGAGGGAUGACCAAGGCAGACCUGUUAACCCCUACCAGUAUGUCAUUCACUGCAGCAGUGACGGCAGCGUUCUCCUAAUACCCAAAUACUCGGUCAAAGCAGAACAGAAACAACCUAAUGAAAAAGAGCAGAUACCAAAAUAA